AUGAGCUUGGUUUUAGCCAUUAAUGGACAAAGGUUCGAGCUUGAGCUCUCCUCCGUCGACCCUUCAACAACUUUGUUAGAGUUCCUCCGUUAUCAGACUCCUUUUAAGAGCGUCAAGCUCAGCUGCGGCGAAGGAGGAUGUGGUGCUUGUGUUGUUCUUCUCUCCAGAUACGAUCCUAUUCUCAAAAACGUGGAAGAUUUCACAGCCAGCUCUUGCCUCACGCUCCUCUGCAGCGUAAACCAUUGCAGCAUCACAACAUCAGAAGGACUUGGAAACAGCAGAGACGGUUUCCACUCCAUUCACAAUCGGUUCACCGGUUUUCACGCAUCUCAGUGUGGUUUCUGCACACCCGGAAUGUCUGUUUCUCUCUUCUCUGCUCUCUUAGACUCUACUAAAUCUUCCUCUCAGGAGUUUACGGUUCUUGAAGCAGAGAAAGCUGUCUCCGGGAACUUGUGUCGGUGUACCGGAUACCGUCCCAUCAUUGAUGCUUGCAAGAGCUUUGCUUCGAAUGUAGACAUUGAGGAUCUUGGAUUCAACUCUUUCUGUAAGAAAGGAGACUCUUUGCCUCGCUUUGAUAGUGAGAAGCGUGUCUGUACAUUUCCAGAGUUUCUUAAGGAUGAGAUUAAGUGUAUUGGUUUUGGAUCGUAUAAAUGGUGUAGCCCAGAGAGUGUUGAGGAGCUUCAGAGUUUAUUGGGAGCUUGUAAGGCCAAUAGUGAUGAUGUAGUUUCUGUGAAGCUAGUUGCGGGUAAUACUAGUACAGGAUACUACAAGGAUGAAAAAGAGCGCAGUUAUGAUAAAUACGUGGAUUUGACGCGAAUAGCCGAGAUGAGAGAGGUAAGAGAACGUCACGAUAGGGUUGAGAUAGGAGCUGUGGUAACAAUAUCUAAAGUUAUUGCUGCUCUAAAAGAGAUGAGACUAUCAAAGAUGUUGUUUGGGAAGCUCGCUGCUCAUAUGGAGAAGAUCGCUGCGAGGUUUAUUAGGAACAUUGGUAGCAUUGGAGGAAACCUAAUAAUGGCUCAGAGGCAACAUUUUCCUUCUGACAUGGCUACGAUACUUGUUGCAGCUGGCGCAUCUAUUAACAUAAUGAGCUUGUCGAGAGGAAUUGAGAAGGUAACACUUGAAGAGUUUCUCCAGGGACCUCCUCUUGAUGCUUAUGAUCUGGUUUUGAGUAUCGAAAUACCGUUUUGGCAUCAUGAACAUUCUUCUUCUGGAACAAACUCUGAGUUACUCUUUGAAACCUACCGAGCAGCACCGCGCCCGCAGGGAAGUGCUUUGGCUUACCUGAAUGCGGCUUUCUUAGCUGAAGUGAAGGAUACAAAGGUGAUUAUUAACUGUAGAUUGGCUUUUGGUGCUUUCGGGACCAAACACGCCAUUAGGUGUAAGGAAGUUGAAGAGUUCCUCUCUGGGAAAGUAAUCACUGACAAUGUUCUGUAUGAAGCUAUUACCUUACUUGGCAAAAUCGUUAGACCACAAGACGGUACAAGCAAUCUUGCUUAUAGGUCAAGCUUAGCUCCAGGCUUUCUUUUCAAGUUCUUGCACUCAUUAAAAACAGAGAAACAGCCUUCUUCACACUUGGAUCAGCCGAUGUUGUCUUCUUCACAACGUGUUCUAAUAGACAAAGAAUUUUAUCCGGUUGGUGAGGCUGCUACUAAAUCUGGAGCAUCUCUUCAAGCUUCUGGUGAGGCUGUUUAUGUGGAUGACAUUCCAGCUCCCACAAACUGCCUCUAUGGAGCUUUCAUAUACAGCACAAAGCCAUUCGCAAAGAUAAAAGGUAUGCGUUUCAAGGAGAACUCGGUACCUGAUGGAGUUGUUGGAGUCAUUUCUUGCAAGGAUGUUCCUAAAAGUGGAAACAAUGUUGGUUUUAAGUUUUCAUCUUUCACUGAGCCCUUAUUCGCUGAUGAGUUCACCCUUCAUGUUGGCCAAUGCAUCGGACUCGUGGUUGCGGAUACGCAGAGACAUGCGGAUAGUGCAGCUACUCUAGCAGUAGUUGAUUACGAGACUGAUGGUUUGGAACCACCGAUCUUGUCUGUGGAUGAGGCUGUUAAGAAAUCUAGCUUAUUUGAGGUUUAUCCUUUCUUAUAUCCACAACAAGUUGGAGACACAUCAAAAGGAAUGUCUGAAGCUGAUCAUCGAAUUCUCAGCUCGGAAAUAAGAAUUGGGUCGCAAUACUUCUUCUACAUGGAGACGCAAACAGCUCUUGCAGUGCCAGAUGAAGACAACUCAAUCGUAGUCUAUAGUUCAUGUCAGAUCCCUCAGUACGUACACUCCACGGUCGCUGCUUCCCUAGGCAUCCCUGAAAAUAAGGUCCGUAUCAUAACAAGACGUGUCGGUGGAGGUUUCGGAGGCAAAGCUGUCAGAUCAAUGCCCGUUGCAACAGCGUGCGCUGUUGCUGCUAAUAAACUGCAGCGUCCUGUGCGGACAUAUGUAAACCGUAAGACGGAUAUGAUCAUGACUGGUGGGAGGCAUCCAAUGAAGAUAACUUACAGUGUUGGAUUCAAAUCCACAGGGAAGAUCACAGCUUUGGAGCUAGAAAUACUAAUUGAUGCAGGAGCAACUCUUGGUCUAAGUAUGCUGAUGCCAUCAAAUAUCAUAGGGGCGUUAAAAAAGUACAAUUGGGGAGCCUUAUCUUUUGAUAUCAAACUUUGUAAAACGAACCUGCUAAGCAAAGCAAUCAUGAGGGCACCAGGGGAUGUUCAGGGUACCUAUAUCGCUGAAGCCAUUAUCGAAAAUGUAGCCUCUAGCCUCUCCUUGGAGGUUGAUACCAUAAGAAAGAUUAAUCUCCAUACAUAUGAGAGCUUAGCUCUCUUCUACAAGGAUGCUGCAGGUGAACCACAUGAGUAUACUUUGUCUUCCAUGUGGGAUAAGAUGGGUGUAUCAUCAAAGUUUGAAGAGCGGGUUUCAACAGUGCGAGACUUCAACGGGUCUAACAUAUGGAGAAAACGAGGGAUAUCUCGAGUACCAAUCAUUUAUCCGGUUUCCAUGUUUGCAACUCCAGGGAGAGUAAGUGUUUUGAGCGAUGGAACAAUAGUUGUUGAGGUUGGUGGAAUCGAGUUAGGACAAGGGCUAUGGACAAAGGUGAAGCAAAUGGCUGGUUAUACUCUUGGUUUGCUUCAAUGCGAUGGAACUGAAGAGCUUGUCGACAAGAUACGAGUUGUACAAUCAGAUACAUUGAGUAUGGUCCAAGGAAACUUUACAGGAGGUAGCACAACAUCUGAGGGAAGCUGCGCAGCUGUUCGUCUUUGCUGCGAAACCUUAGUCAAAAGAUUGAAACCUUUGAUAGAGAAAUCGGGUGGUCCCAUCAGCUGGAAUAACUUGAUUUCUCAGGCCUAUGCUCAGUCAGUGAACCUAUCAGCUAGUGACUUGUAUACUCCAGGAGAAACUCCCACACGAUACUUGAACUAUGGUGUUGCAGUUAGUGAGGUUGAGGUAGACCUUGUGACCGGAAAGACCACGGUUCUACAGACAGAUAUCUUAUAUGACUCAGGAAAAAGCCUCAAUCCUGCUGUCGAUUUAGGACAGAUUGAAGGAGCUUUUGUCCAAGGACUUGGUUUUUUCAUGCUUGAAGAGUAUAUAACAGAUUCAGAAGGACGCCUUCUGACAGACAGCACAUGGACAUACAAGAUACCGACCGUAGACACCAUCCCAAGACAGUUCAACGUUGAGAUACUAAACAGUGGAUGCCAUGAAAAGCGUGUACUCUCUUCUAAAGCUUCAGGAGAACCUCCGUUGCUACUGGCAGCUUCAGUGCACUGCGCUACAAGAGAGGCCGUUAAAGAAGCGCGGAAACAGCUGAGGAUUUGGAAGGGUGAGGAUGGUCCGAGUUUAAUGUUUCAGUUGCCUGUUCCUGCUUCAAUGCCCGUUGUGAAGGAGCUAUGUGGUCUAGACAUCGUUGAGAGCUAUUUGGAUUGGAAAUCCCAAGUUAAUUCGAGCUUUUGAGUUAAACGUAAAAUUUAAAAUCAGUUUCUAUGAUUAAGAUAUGUUAUUUAAAAUACUACGACUCGUCCGCGCUACGCCCAGAAUGUGAAGUAGUUUUUUCUUUACGAUAUAAAUUUUGGAGUAACUCUUAAGUUCACCCUCUAGGUUCAUCAACCA